ACACCAAACACUUCAAAGAAAUUCAAAAGAAGAGCUUGCGCGUCGUCGACUUUCUUCAGUCAAAUUAAACUCACAUUAGCAGUCUAAUAAAUUAGUUUGUGUUAAGUUUUGGUCAUACUCGUAACAUCUCCAACACUAAAGACAAUUACGUUAUAGUGACCCAACAAUCAAAAAUGUUUCAAACGAAGAAUUGGACAGUCUAUGGUUUAGUGAUUGGAUUAUCUUUGUUUCAUGUUUAUUGCAAACCUGAUGAGUUAUCUGAUGGUGAUCCGAACAGAAAAAGUCAAAAGGUGUGUGUCAAAUAUUCAAAAAAUUUGCCACCAGUUCUAUUCUUCAGCCUUCUGGGUGAUGAACGUGCGCAGAUAGGAGAAUUUCCUCACAUGGCCGCACUUGGUUUCUUCAGCAAUGAAGACAAAGUGUAUAGAUUUGACUGUGGGGGUACUUUGAUUUCUCCUUAUUAUAUAGUAACCGCAGCCCACUGUAUUAUAAAUAUUCAGCACAACGAGCUGAAGAUAGUGAGACUGGGUGUGAUCAAUGUUCCAGAAAAAGUGGACAAUCCUGACCCAAAAUUAGAUUACAAUGUCAUCAACAUUACCAUUCAUAAGAAAUAUAACGCGAGAGAAAAGUUGAAUGAUAUAGCUUUAGUUAAGCUUGAGAAAAAGAUUGUGUUCAACGAAAAUAUUCGGCCAGCUUGUUUAUACACAAAGAAUGAUGACCCUAAAGGAUUAGUGGUAACUGGAUGGGAACCUGAGAGUUUAGCAGAAGAGAGAAAUAGUACUCUCCAAAAGGCAGUUUUGAACUCGGUGCCCUUGCAGGAAUGUAACAGGACGUAUUACACUCGUUUUCACAGAGACAUAAGAGAAAAUCAGAUAUGUGCUGUUAGCAGUGUCAACGAUGAUGUUUGCCAAGGAGGCGGUGACGGACCUUUGCAUAUACAAAGCAGCACGACUAAUCUAUAUACAGUCGUUGGAAUCACAUCAUAUGGUGUUGGCUGUGGUACCAAAUAUCCUGGAAUUUACACAAGAAUUAGUAGUUAUUUAGACUGGAUUGAAGAGAUAGUUUGGCCAGGACCCAUAUAAUAAAUUGCCAUCUUAAUACACACAAGUCGACGUACCAGUAACGUAAUUUUAAUAAAAAAAAACUUGGUG